AUGACGCCUUCAGACGACGUUCUGAUUGGGUUUCUUGUCUGGGAUUUUGCGGCGCCCCGGCUUCAGGCCAUUCCCAAAGCGUGCACCCAGAAUCACGACAUCGACACCAAGGCUCACCCUGUUGAUCCACUCUCCUAUGGAAAUGGCGAAGAUGGCCCUCGAGGUGACUUCUGUCUCCCCCAGAGACACUUCUUGUCCUCCAACCCGCUGUCCUCAUUUGACAACAAUACACUUUUGUCCCUACCGCUCCAACGGUACUCGAGACGUGCCCGUCUGGGGAUCAACAACCACGUGUCGGUCAGCUUGACAGCACUCUACAACACCUUUUCAAGUGCUAUUGCGCGAGUGCAAGCCUUCUUGCGUGCUCACGCGUGUCUCCCACGCCUUGAUACUCAGUUUCGAGCAUUUCCGGUGGUUGGCGCGCCUUCAGGGUUCCUUACCGACGACCUGGACCAGUCGACGUCUUUGCACGUUUCUUUUGCCACCCUCCUUGGCGCAUCUUACAUAGAUAUCCCACCAUUACGGUUUGCCGAUAAAGACAAGCACGCCGCACGUCUCGUGUCUCCGGCAGCCACUCCUGGACCUCUCGCCUCGACGAUUCAUUCGAAGAUGUCCACCUCCAAGGUCGGCCACACUCUGGCCAAGGGCCUAGGCAUCAAGCUCGACUAUCGCAACCCUACCAACGACAAGCUUACUCGAGGCGAGUCGACCUUCUCGGUGGGCAGCGCGGACAGCUAUCUCGAAGACGAACCUCAUGUCGCCGACUGGUUUCGGAGCAUCACGCCCACUGGUCGCCAGGUUGGUCGGUACUUCUACGACUUGUUCCCCUUCCUGCACUGGAUAGGAAGAUACAACUUGCAAUGGUUCGCAGGAGAUCUGGUGGCUGGUAUCACCAUCGGAGCUGUGGUCGUGCCGCAGGGUAUGGCCUACGCAUCGCUGGCUGAGCUACCACCGCAGUUCGGGCUGUAUUCGUCCUUCAUGGGCGUGCUGCUCUACUGGUUCUUUGCUACAUCCAAGGAUAUCACCAUUGGCCCCGUCGCUGUCAUGUCUACGGUCACUGGCGAAGUCAUCCUUCAUGCGCAGACUAUCGAGCCCAAUGUCCCUCCCCAUAUUAUUGCUACAGCACUGUCAGUCAUCUGCGGAGGAGUCAUCUGCUUCAUCGGGCUCGCCAGACUGGGAUGGCUCGUCGAGCUUAUCCCCCUCGUCGCCAUCGCCGCUUACAUGACUGGAUCAGCCUUGUUCAUCGCCAUUGGGCAGGUGCCGACGCUGCUGGGUAUCUCCGAUUACUUUGACACACGACAACACUCAUACUGGGUCGUCAUCAAGACGCUACGCAACCUGCCGAAUUGCAACUUGGACGCAGCCAUGGGUCUAACCGCACUCUUCAUGCUGUACCUCAUCCGAUGGUCCUUGAACACCUUGGCUAGAAAGCAGCCAGCCAAGAGGAAGCUAUGGUUCUUCUUGAACACCAUGCGCUCUGUCUUCGUCAUCCUGCUAUACACCUUCAUCAGCGCGAUGGUGAACCUGAACCUUCCCGAUCGCAGCGCGGAUUCGGCCGACGCGGCGCCAUUCUCACUCGUCGGACCAGUGCCGCGAGGUUUCCAGAAUGCUGCCGUGCCAAAGAUGAACUCGAACAUCGUCAGCAUGUUCGUUAGCUACAUCCCGGUCUCGGUGAUUGUAAUCCUGAUCGAGCACAUUUCCAUCGCAAAGUCCUUCGGACGUGUCAACAACUACACCAUUAACCCUUCGCAAGAAAUGGUAGCCAUCGGCAUCACGAACCUCCUCGGUCCAUUCCUUGGAGCAUACCCUGCCACUGGAUCUUUCUCACGUACUGCCAUUAAGUCCAAGGCUGGUGUGCGAACGCCGUUCGCUGGUUUCAUCACUGCCAUGGUCGUGCUCCUGGCCAUCUAUGCCUUGCCAGUGGUGUUCUUCUACAUCCCGAAAGCAUCGCUCGCUGCCAUCAUUAUCCACGCCGUGGGCGACCUGAUCACCCCACCAAACACAGUCUACCAGUUCUGGAGAACAUCGCCAAUGGAAGUGCCAAUCUUCUUCGCUGGCGUUUUCGUCACCAUCUUCAGCUCCAUCGAGAACGGCAUUUACGUCACCAUUACCUGCUCGAUGGCUCUAUACCUCUUCCGUGCUUUCAAGGCUCAAGGACGCUUCCUUGGCAAGGUGAAGGUCCACUCGGUCAUCGGCGAUCACCUGAUUGAGACCAAUGAUGGGCGUAUUAUGAAUGCCAGGAACCCUGACAACGACCCGGAUGCUGGCGUGAGGAACAUUUUCUUGCCGAUUACGAAUGAAGACGGCUCCAACCCAUUGAUCAAGCCGGAGCACCCGUACCCUGGCAUAUUCAUUUACCGGUUCUCGGAAGGCUUCAACUACCCCAACGCCAACCACUACACUGACUACCUGCUCGACACCAUCUUCAAGGAGACUCAGAGGACAAACCCGAACUCAUACGGACGCCAAGGCGACCGACCUUGGAACGACCCAGGCCCACGCCGUGGCCAGGAGCAUGUCGACCAUGGCCGUCCUCACCUCAAAGCGAUCAUCCUUGACUUUGCCUCCGUCAACAACGUCGACCUCACAUCCGUCCAGAACCUGAUCGAUGUGCGCAACCAGCUCGAUCGCUACGCCGCACCUGACAAGGUACAAUGGCACUUUGCCCAUAUUAACAAUCGCUGGACCAAACGUGCCUUGGCCUCUGCCGGCUUCGGCUUCGCAACACCCGAGGACGACGAAAACUUCUCGCGAUGGAAACCUCUCUUCUCCGUGGCCGAGCUAGGUGGUAGCGACAGCGCCGCGGCUGAAGCCGAGCGGAGAGUCAACCGCGUCCUGUCGCAUGAGCCGAAGGCCGAAGAGGACGUCGAGCAAGGCCACAUGCGCCAAGUCACUUCACGGGAGAUCGACAGCAUCAACGAGGAUAGCGAAAGGAAUAGCCAGUACGAUGAGAAGUUCCGGAUGGGCAAGGCGGCGGUCGUGCAAGGGCUGAAUCGGCCAUUCUUCCACAUGGAUCUGACGAGCGCAUUGCAGAGUGCGAUUCAGAAUAUCGAGACAUUGAAGGUUAAGCCCGAGCAAUCUGAGCCGGUGGGGGAUAAGGGCGAGUAG